AUGCACGCAUCUGUAUAUCGUGAAUUCGCGUAUCAGCUAGAAUACCCGGAGAACUAUGCACGGGAUCGCCCCCUCAUUACACUGCGGCUGGCACUGGCACUUGCUACACAUCAGCGUUCCCGCCUAGCUUGUUUUCACCAUGCGUCUGACGUCGAGCAGGAAAACUAUGUCACUGCAGCUGUGGACGAAACCAGGCAUGCACCUAUUGAUGGACCAAAAUAUCCGGACAAAAGAACCGCCCCACCAAAACACCCGCGUACAACACCAACACGAUGGAAACCACAUACCGCCGAAUAUGCCGACGAUAAACUCUAA